AUGGAUUUAUUUCGGUUAUUGCUGAGGUUGCUUUUGACCAAUGGACUUUGCUGGGCACAAUUUCAAUUCGAUAACGCCGUCACUCAAACAUCUCUGAGGCCAUCGCUUCAUGCACCUAUUUUAAAGGUUACCUCGUCUGAAGGAUUCUUAUCGGAAUCGGCCGAAAUGGGAACGAUUGUUCGCGUUUCACCAGCACCUCAUUCGGAGUCACUACAGAUUAUUGUUCAGGACGCAGAUUUGGUAAGUUCUUCCAGCUUCCGUCUUAGCAUUGUAAAACCGGUUCAUUCCUAA